CGAGCCGUUGGAAACGAAUCUACAGUUGAACAGUGAGAGAGCAGAGAGAGAGAGAGAGAGAGAAACUUGUUUAUUUUCAUACACUCGACAGUGUCGCGAAACAACCCCCCGAGGGGCGCCGAUUGUGACAGUGAAGGGUGUUUCGGUAUCCCGGUGUGCUCCAGUGUGUGAUUCAUUCGAACGUGUGACUGUGUGUCGGUGACAAUUGCGAUUUAUGUCAAUCGCCGCAGAGUGCGUGGUGCCAGACAGAUAUCGAGAGAAAGAAAAAAAAGUAGUGAUUUAUGAUUUAAAAGAUACCCGAAGUAGUGUGCAGUGACGUUAAUUCGAAACAGUGACGAAAAACUGUCCGACUGACAUAUUUGGAAUAUAUUGCGAAAGUGUUUUUUUUUUUUUUAAGUUAUGGCUGUGCCGAGAACGACGUCGACAUUUCGACCGGAUGGCGGCGGUGGAGGCGACGACGGCAGCAGACAAUCGCGAAGACGUAACUCUCAGAUCGGCGUUAGAAUCGGUCGUCGAUCGUCAAAGCGAUCGUCGAGUAUCGAGGUCACGGCGAAACAAGCUGGUCCCGCUGGCAAAUUUCUUCUUAUCGGUGCGGUCUUGGCUAUACAGUUCGUCGGUGCAGCAGCGGCUAUGCGGACUUCGUUCCCAAACAGAGGCAACGACAUCAACGUGGACUUUUAUAUGCCCAACGAAGCUGUUGUGAAUGCCACGAUCGAACUGAGGUGCCAUUGGAAAAUAUUGGGCGGAAGUCGACUCUACUCGGUCAAAUUGUACAAGGACGAUCACGAGGUUUAUCAAUAUCUGCUGGACAAUGAGAAAACUCAGACGUUUCACAGACCUGGAGUAAAUAUCAAAGAACAACAAGAG